CUCGAUGUCUCUCCCCCUUCAGGAGCGAUGGGCAGCAGCAGCGAACACCCGCGCGGCACCGUGGUCUGACCUGCCUUGACCCUCGUGAUGGCCCGGAGAGGCCUGCUGGUGCGCCUCACGAUGUGCCUCCUGCCCCUCCGUAUGGCUGUGGAGACCAUCCCCGUCAGCGCCAGAAUGAGACCCGAGACCAUGGAGUUCGGCCCCACACGACCCCUCCAGCACCCGCCGCCGCCACCAUCCAUAAGGACCUUCUUCAAGAGGACCGUGGAAGUGGAGGAUGCAAGAGAUGUGGAGGUGGAGCUUGUGGAGGCGCUAAACUGCUCCACUGAGACUUUGGCGGAUGGUGAAGAGAAGACUGUGAUGGUAGAUGUGACUUCCUCCUCCUCUUCCACUUCCUCUUCCUCAUCAUCACCAUCAUUAUCAUUGUCUUCGUCAUCUCUAUCCUCUUUUCCCUCCUCCACCUCACCAUUACCUUCGUCAUUACUAUCCUCAUCCUUAUCAUCUUCCAUCUCCUCUUCCUCCUCCUCCUCCACCUCCUCCAUCUCCACUCCUGUGUAUUCAUCUUCGUCUUCGUCCUCUUCCUCAUUAUCCUCCCAUUCCUUGCCCUUAUCUUCCUCCUCCUCGUCAUCAUCUUCUUCCUCUUCCUCCUUCGCCUCCUCCUCCUCUUACUACCAGACGCCUUCACCCGGCCUUCUUCUUCGUGAGUUCGCGCAGUCCCGCCGUCGAAGUGACCCAACGGAGGCGGCGGCGGCGGCGGCAACUCGGGGUCCACUCUCGCAGGCCAUGGUGAGCUGCGGCACGCGGAGCAACGAGGCGCCGCAGGACGGGGAAAAGUCCGACAACCUGACAGUCAUGAACGAGGUGUUUGAAAAUGGCUCUCUCCCGCUGGAUAAGGGAGUGAAAAUGAGCCCCGUUGGAGAAAGUGAAGGGGUAUUGAGUGGACAGGAAAUAGGAGGAGGUUCAGGAGGAGAAGGUGAGGUUCUUCCCUUCCGUUGUUCCUAUAUGGAGCCGAUGCCGCCCGUCUGGUCACGUGUCAUCACCGACCAGGCGCUACAGUGUGUGGUGAACCCGCACUGGCUGACCUACUCACCCCCUUCGCAUUUGUGCCACGUCAUCAUCACCGCCCUGUACCUCGUCAUCAUGACCCUCGGACUCGUCGGGAACGGCCUCGUCAUCUUCCUCUUCAUCAGCUCGCGGGCGCUUCGGACUCCCUCCAACCUCUUCAUUCUCAACUUGGCGGCGAGUGACUUCCUGCUGGUGGCGAUGAUGGCUAUGGUGGUGCACAACUCGCUGCUGGAAGGUCCUGCGAUGGGCCGAGUGGGUUGUGAUCUCUACGGGUUCAUGGGCGGCCUCACGGGAACCACCUCGAUCAUGACCCUCGCUGCCAUAUCCUUCGAUCGGUACCUCGUCAUCUCCUACCCGCUCGACCCCUUCAAGAAACUCUCAAACCGCCAGGUGUUGGCUAUUAUCUCCGCCACCUGGCUCUACGCCUUCACCUUCUCCGUCAUGCCUCUCGUGGGCUUCGCAGGACUAAACUAUUCCCCGGAGGGUCUUCUCACCACCUGUAGCUUCGACUACCUCUCCGAGUCCACCAACAACCGCAUCUACAUCUUCUCCUUCUUCGUGGCGGCGUGGGUCGUGCCCCUCAACAUCAUCGUCUUCAGCUACCUGUCGAUAGUGACCACCGUGUCCAAGCAGGAGCGGUACUGCCACACGUGUCCAGGCACCUUCUCCACCUCCUUCAAGCACCAGAGGCUCAAGAGGAAGAAGGGAGUCGAGCUCAAGUUGACUAAGGUAGCGUCGGGGAUCAUUGCCAUCUGGGUGGUGGCCUGGACGCCCUACGCGGUGGUGUCCCUGCUCGGCAUCUUCAGGCAGCGGGCCCUCAUCACGCCCCUCGUCUCCAUGGUCCCCGCCUUCUUCUGUAAGACUGCGGCGUGUCUCGACCCCUUCAUCUACGCUCUCUCCCACCCGCGAUUCAAGGCGGAGCUGAACAAAAGGCUGAUGUGGCGCCGACGUCACCUGAUGGGGGGCGUGAGGAACGGCAUGACGCAAGGCUUCUCCGCGAGCACCUUCAGCGAGAUGCGCGAGGAGCGGGAGCUGUCCGACGUGCAGGCGUGGGGCAACUACGACCCGUCGUCCUCGUCGCUGGGGCCGCUGCUGCAGCGCAACACGUCCUGCACCAGCAACCCCACCCUGGACCGCACCCGCCGCAGGGACCCCGCCAGCUCCCCGGGGAGCAAGAGCCUGGCGUCGCCCAUAUCAACGGAAAUCUACCCCCGGAAGAGCCUCUCCACCUACAGCUUCAGGAGCGUCUCGAGGACGGCAAGGUUCGACGAAAAGCUGGAGGCGGCGCAAAAGUCUCGCCGCCAGGACGACUUUCAAUUGGAGCUGCGGACGAGGGCGCUGAUUGAGCUGCCCACCGCCCCUCUGCCCAAGCCACGCUUCUCUCGCAGCUGUUCCUUUAGCGCCGGUCUUGAACGAGUCAGCCUGUGCACGCAGCCUCCUGCCCACGUGUGGACCACCUCCCAGACGCCGUUCAUGAUUGAAAACGACGCGCACACACACUCACACGUGGAGGCGGAGAGUCUCAGCAGGACGGCUAACAACUCGUCUGCGGCCGCCGCCGCCGUGGGUUGGAGGACCAAGGGCCGGAGCAACAGCCUGCCCAUUAUGAUUCACGCCCCCGCCGACAGGAAAUUCUCGAAGAACAUGUUGCUUCAGAUCUUCCAGGGCAAGAUUCUGCCCGGCGCCCGGCGGAACAGGAGCAGCUCGUCCAUCUUCCAAAACGACGGAAAGAUGUAAGGGCCACGCCACGCCCCUCGCCAGCAGGGCCGACGGGCAAACUUCUAAGUCAUGAUCUCUGCAACUACUCAUGCGUGUGGGCACCAGCGGGCGUGGGGUCGCGGGCCGCCGGCGUGGCAGCCCCGUGAUGCCCACGCCUCCGCGUCACAGUAGUGGUUAGCUACGACCGCCGCGCCCCAUGCCCAGCACCGAGGUAGAGAGCCAGGGGGGUGGGGGCCGCCUUGUGAUAUUAGUGGCGGGAGCGACAGGACCCACGGAGGACAGGCGUUCCGCCGGCCAGGGUCUCGCUGCACCGCAGGGGUCGGGGGUGAGGGAAGAAACGGACCAGCAAAGUUAGAUUACAUGAAAUAGUAUGUAUCUUUGUCUUUCUUUUGCUCCCACGUUAUCAAUAGCUGUCAUAUUUUGACAAGGUGUCGCUUGAUUUCCUGUAGUAGUAAGUUUACAGUAACAGAGUACCUAAUAAUGUUACAAUCCUAUAACAUAUAUUGUGAUGCAGAGGGAACUAAAUGACGAAGAAAGUCUAUGUUUUUAAAAGUACUUUUGUAUGUUUAAUAUUUAAGAAGAGUCUACAGUAAGGAAGGCGAAGCAGGGUGUUCGUAGAGGCAGCGUCAGAGCAUCGUAGUCACCGCACCGCACGGCCCGUCGAGGGCACGCCGCCGCCGAGGCGCCGCUGUCUGUGUUAAGGUUAAGGCUGCGCUAGGCAGGGCACGGCAGAACAGGAGCGUCGGGUUCGCGGCGACCAGAGGACACUCACUCACAAGACAUCAUUAAUUGUCUCUCAACAUAUUGGCGUAAUACCAAACACCACCUCGAAUGAACACUAACACCAUCACCAGCACCACUUCACUCAUCACCACCUCACUGCUCUUCGUCAUCCGGAUAAUCGCUAAGUCAUCAUUACUACCACCACUACCACUACCGCUCGUACUACUACUACUACUACGGAUCACCACCACCAACACCACAACUCAUUACUUGUGAUAUUACUAAAAGAUAAACCCUCGUUAAUCCUGACAAACAUGACGCGGGGUGUCGGGGGAGACUCGCCGCUUCACUCUUGGUUCCGAAGCCUCUCCGUCUCUCUCCCCGCCUAAAGUGAUGUACCCGAUUGGAUUCUAACUAUGUAUGGGCGAGGGAACUCAUCAUCCACUCCAAACACGCCGAGCAAAUACAAGACGGGAUUAGAGAGGCUUUGGAAUCGACUCCGAGGUUCGUUAAGUUUAAUCUGCUACGUGAAGCGAGAUGCAGACGAGACGGCCCCGGCGCCUCGAUGGGGGAAUCUGAUUUGUGAGGAUUAAUGACCUUGUUCUUUUUUUUUCUCGUAAGGUAGUUAAGUGUUAAGGUUCCUAGCAUAUCAAAUUAGAGGCUUAAGUCUAUUAGGGGGAAACUGACGCUUCCGAACGGAGAUAACUAAGCAAACCACGACAAAAAGAAGUCGAAUGAGGGAGGUUACUGUUCUGAGCAACACUGUGCAUGACUGUAUCGUUCGAGUGUGUUUCACGAAGCGCAAGUGAAACCGCGACUCUUGUUAGGCGGGCGAGGCUUGGGUCAGUAUGGGGAGGAAGUGAGGAGAGAGGACUUGUGUGUUGCUACCCCGGAAAUGGAGGACAAGAAGAAAUAGAGAAAAACAAGUGAGACAGGAGGACAUAAUUAUAGAGCACCAUAUCGGAUCAGGGGAAGAAAUAAGGAGGAAGAAAACGGUUGUGUGUUGUUAUCCCGGACUACGAGAAGGAGAAAGAAUAGAAAGAAAAGAGAAAUAAGUGAAACGAGAGGACAUAUAGAACGCCAUAACGGAUCAGAAA